CGAGUUUAGAUUUUUAUCCAUUCAGAAGUAGUCGUGUACGAAGUUUGGUUAGUUACGAUUUCGUCUUUGUAGAAAGAUAACAUGGUUAUUUUAAUUAAUUAUUUCGAUUCAAAAAGCGAAUAUUUUCAUGUAACAAAUGACGUUAAUGUAGAAAAUAUAGUAAAUUAUGUUUGUAGGACUAAAGGUUAUCCUAAAGAAAUCUUAAAAGUUAUUUAUAAUGGACAUUAUGUUGAUAACCAGUGUACAGUUGCAAACAAUGGCAUUGUUCACAUCUCCCUCACAUUGCUGGGAGGGAAAGGAGGAUUCGGUUCUAUGUUACGAGCUAUUGGGGCCCAGAUAGAGAAAACAACAAAUAGAGAAGCCUGUAGAGAUCUGAGUGGAAGAAGGUUAAGAGAUAUUAAUGAAGAACAGAGAUUAAAGAGAUGGAUUGCUAAAAAAGCAGAACGUGAGAGAGAAGCAGCAGAAAGAAGAAAAAAGAAACUAGAGAAGUUACGUUGUCCUCCAAAACACGAUUUUCAUGAUUCUGAAUAUGACAGGGAAAGAAGGGAUAUGGCAGAACGUAUUGAUGAUGCACUUACACAUGGACUUAAAACAUCCAACAAAAGAAAACCAGAUGAUGAAUUAGCUGUUCCAAAGAAGAAAUGUUUAUGGUAA